AAACGCAGUGGCGGGCCCGAUUGAUUUUCGUAAAAGUACUUCUCCUCUCUCCGCCUGCUAAUUAGACAACGCGGGUUGUCAGCAAAAAGCACCCCUUAUUUUACAUAUGCAAUUGCUAUGUACCACAACUACAAAUUGCUCAUAUACUACUGUCAGCGCAUGGUUCUUACUACUGGCAUACGGCGAUAUAAAACGAACGAGUAACCAUCGAGCGCUUUUCUGUUGACAGCAAAGUAGAUCGCACAAUCAUGCAUAUUAAUAUACAGCAAUGCCUAUUCGUGCUUUGAACCAAGCAUUAUGGCGUGUUAACAGAACAAGCUGUGGAGAUUGUUGGUGACAAUCAAGCGGAAGAAAUUGAUGAUGUUGACCGGUUAGGCGACGCGUUACUACAAGACCUUUAUCACCACUGUCAUAAAAAUACCACCCUACGACAUGCGCAAGGAGUAUGACCUUUUCUGGAUGCGUUUGGCUAUGGAACAGUUCCUGAGCUACUAUCAGAACAACGUGGUCCAGAACAUAAGUGAGCUCGCUAGUGAGAUGGAUUAUGACAUCCUGUUUUGGUCAGUUUUGGACCGUUGUUUCCAAAUGCUAAGAACGUGUAUAACAAGAGAUCGAUCUUGCGCUGCAACAUCGUUACGUGUGAACGAGAACCGAGACGAUGAAAGACCUGUUGUUCGUGCGGCUUACGAAGUCGAGUUUAAUGCAGGCGUGACAAAGAAGCUGCGAAUUGUAUGCUUUCAUCACACCGGACGCCGGAUGAAAUUGUCGUUGAUGGAUUCACCAGCAGGAUACAUUUGCAGAUUGAUGGAUACCGAUGAGUUGAAGAUUCCUUUCAACAAACGGUUAAAUAGUUGCAAACAUCUGCCGAAUGCUGAAACUGACAAUUCAAGCCAAGUGAAGGACGUCGUGCAGAUCUUGGAAGGAUACAAGGCUAAAACCGGAACCGAAGCCGAUUUUAAGGCUAAGAGAAAGUUCAAAGAAGCCAAGACCAUAAUUCCUCCAGCAUUGACAACGCACGCCCCAGCAGUGCUACACUACUCCUUCGACACUCAGAUUCAAUAA